UCGAGGUCUGGAUUAAAAACGUGUUUCUCUCUCACAGUUUGUAAUAGAGUCUUUGUUUCAGUUUCAUUUAAAAUGUUACCGUCAGUUGUAUAUCUGUAUAUUGCAUUAUUUUUUACGACAAGGAUAAUACACGGCCAAUGUUCUUCGUGUUCUUGUGAUCAACCGGAUUUAGAUUUCGCAUCUGGUGUCAAUUUACUCUAUUACAAAUGCAAUAUUGAAAUUCCUGCAACAAUCGUCUAUCCCAUCACAGUGCCCCAGACGUUACUCAGUGUGUUGGAUGAUAAUAAACGGACAAUAUUCUACGUUUAUGGGUAUUUGCAAUUUCCAGAAGACCCAAAUGUUCAGUUAAUGAUGGAAGCGCUUUGUUACGGAAGAACGGAAAACGUUGUGCUACUCGAUUGGAGUAAAUACUCUAAUGGCACUUACGACAACGUUUUCAGAAAUGCUGAAAAAGUAGGAAGUUUAUUUGCACGAAGUAUACAAUUGCUUGUGGAUAGCGGCCUGGAUGUAUCAAAAAUUUACAUCGUAGCGCACUCCUUGGGUGCUCACAUUGCUGGUUUCGUCGGUAAAUGCAACGUCUUCAAUAUAUAUCGAAUCACAGCAUUAGAUCCAGCGAAUCCUAUUUUUUACCUUCCCGGAUGUUACCUCACGCGUAACGAUGCGGCGUGGGUCGAUGUCAUCCACACGGACAUGGGUAUAUAUGGCUCCCCGAUAUCUACGGGAACAGCGGACUAUUACGUGAACGGUGGAACUCGUCCUCAACCUGAUUGUGAAUUGCUUGGCCCCGCGUUAAGCCAAACUGAUCUCUGUAGUCAUCAAAAAUCAGUCGUGCUAUAUGCAAAAUCGAAACGUCAUCCUAUCACAUAUGUUGCAAAGGAAUGUCCCUCCUAUCUUCACUACAUAUUAAAUACUAUAUUAAAUGAUUGCAAGCAAGUUGGGCAGAUCGGUAUUGGAUAUACAGCAACAGACAUGUAA